CCCACACUUCCAGAGCUGACUGCACGAAUUGAGAAGCAAGCAAACAAUGAGCAUCUCUACCAAGUCCACAAAGCCCUUCGGGGGUCAGAAGCCAGGUACCUCGGGUCUCCGAAAGAAGGUCAAAGUAUUUGAACAGCCCGGGUAUACUGAGAAUUUCGUGCAGGCAAUCAUCUCUGCAGUGGAGCCUGCCGCGAGAGGAGCUACACUUGUUGUUGGAGGUGAUGGUCGAUACUACAACAAGACAGCCAUCCAGUUUAUCGCCAAGAUUGCCGCUGGUAAUGAAGUUUCAAAACUCAUCAUUGGACAGAACGGUAUUCUCAGUACACCUGCUACGUCGCACAUCAUCCGCAAGCGACAGGCUACUGGUGGUAUCUUGUUGACUGCCUCACACAACCCUGGUGGUCCUACCCAGGACUUUGGCAUCAAGUACAACUUGGCCAAUGGAGGACCAGCACCCGAGUCAGUCACCAAUGCCAUCUACAAGACAACCACCACAAUCAGCGAGUACAAAUGGGCUGAGAUUGGUGAAAUUGACUUGGACACCAUUGGCACCAAGACGUAUGGCAAUCUCGAGGUUGAAAUCAUCGACUCAGUUACCGACUACCUCGCCAUGCUCAAGGACAUUUUCGACUUUGACCUCAUCAAGUCAUUCCUCAAGUCGAAGCCAGACUACAAGAUCUUGUUUGAUGGGUUGUCUGGUGUCACAGGGCCUUAUGCCAAGGCUAUCUUUGACGAGGAACUCGGCUUGAAAAACUCCACACAAAACUGCGAAGCCCUCGAAGACUUUGGCGGUGGUCACCCGGAUCCCAACUUGACAUACGCGCACACACUCGUUGAAAAGGUGGAUGCCAACAGGAUUCACUUUGGCGCUGCAUCUGACGGUGACGGUGAUCGCAAUAUGAUUUACGGCUACAAGGCCUUUGUUUCGCCCUCUGACUCUGUUGCUGUGAUUGCACACCACGCAGACUUUAUUCCUUACUUCAAGAAACAAGGUGUGUAUGGUCUUGCUCGCUCAAUGCCUACCUCUGGCGCCCUUGACUUGGUCGCAAAGAAGAAAGGCCUCAACUGCUACGAAGUGCCAACAGGUUGGAAGUUCUUUUGCUCUCUCUUUGAUGACAAGCGCCUCUCCAUUUGCGGUGAAGAGUCCUUUGGUACGGGCUCCAACCACAUUCGCGAAAAGGACGGUCUUUGGGCUGUGGUUGCUUGGCUCAACAUCAUUGCAGGUGUGAGCCAAGAGCAGCCUGGCAAGGAGGGUAUCAGCGAUAUUUUAAUGGACUUUUGGAAGACGUACGGCCGAACCUUCUUCUCUCGCUAUGAUUACGAGGAGAUCGAAUCGGCGGAUGCCAACAAGGUCAUUGACCAUGUUGCAGCACAAAUUGCAAAAUCUGACUUUGUUGGCUCGACUCCCGUCAAGGGCUUUACUGUUGCUGAAGCGGGCGAUUUCGAGUACAAGGAUAUUGUUACUGGUGAGGUGGCUUCGCACCAAGGUCUCUACAUCAAGUUUGAGGGUGGCGACCGGCUCGUUGUGCGUCUGUCUGGUACCGGCUCUUCCGGCGCCACUAUCAGGCUAUAUGUCGAAAAGUACGAGACGGACGAGAGCAAGUAUGAGCUUGAUGCACAAGAUGGUCUCAAGAGUCUGAUUUCUGCCGCUCUGGAUAUUCUUCAGCUCGAGAAGUUCACAGGUCGUGCAAAGCCAACUGUCAUUACGUAGAUCUAGUACUUAGUCUAACUAGUAAGACUAUGCAAGCCACUCAAAGUCAUAGACCAUUUCUGACG